AAAAAAAAAAAAAGGAAAAAGGAGACAGCAAAAGAAGCGGCUGCGGAGUUGUGACAGGUAAAACGGCCUCGACGUCUCCUCUCUGUUCCCGCGACGCGGCGACCGGACACACGCGAGUCACAGACACGCGCGACAAACAACACGAGUGCGCGCGCCAGACAGGAAAGACACACACACACAAAAAAAGAAAAGGAAAUAAAGAAAGCGACGAAGACCGUUUGUUUGACGAGUGCGCACGCGUUUUUUUUUCCAGACGUCUCCCCAAUUCUGAUUUGCGUAAACUCAGUCUGUAAUCUGUGGACAUUCUCUCCUCCCUCAGAAAGUUCCAUUGGACUGGACUACGUUGACAUUGGGAAGCAAUUUAAAGUUGUGCUGUGAGCCAGAGACAAUCAUGAUCCUCCUGACUCCAUCCUCUGGUAGGUACACGUUUCUCAAUCUCACCUUUAAUCUGGAUUACUCUAUGCCUACAUGCACAUGGGUGUCAGAGAUUAAAGCCGAGCAGAUUAAAUUGGGGAGGAGGGAACAGCCGCUAAUUUGCUGAGGGAUUUUUAUAGAUGCUUGGACAGAAUUAAGUGGUAUAAAUGAUUUAUUUUUAUGAAUUUAAUCACGGGGGUAGUUGAGGGUAGUGUUUAAUGGUUGGAUAAUAUAUUAGAUUAUGUUACUUGUAUAUAUAGGAUUGAAUCCCCUAUGACACGAUGUGCAUUAUUUAUAAUUCAAUUUUAUAUUUUUUCAUAUUAUGUCAUUAUCCUAAAACACGGUAACACUUAAAUGUGCAGUAAAUAGUAUUGAUUGUGUUACAAGUUCACUUUGAAUUAUCCCAGUUGUGAAUUGUUUUCCUUGUUUUAUGUUUGGUCUCGCUAGUCGUUACCAAGUAACAUGGCAGGGCAUUACAUAACAAGGGCUUUCCCAUCAUGCAUUGCACUCUUUAGGCAGCAAUCCAGAAAUAGAGCCCUGCUUGAAAUUUGACAGUGUGUUUGCCUCUGGCUUUAUCUUCUUUUUUUAUUAGUGACCAGAGUGAAUCUUGACAGCAAGCUCCGUCACCCCUCAGACCAAGGCUCUUGUGGCAAAAGUUAAUGAACCUGAUUAUUCAUGUAGCAAAUUUUGCAAUUACAUGAUUGUCAUUAAAAAAUGCAGACGGUGACUGUUUUCUAUGAUGUGCUUUGAUUUCCCAUGAAUUUAUUUUUCAGACAAUCUUUAAAAUGUCACUGAAAAAAGAAAAUUGCUUAAAAUGUAAAUACUUUUGUUUAACUUCAAUUGGCAAUGAAUUAAGUUUGUUCAAAUUAAAGUUAUCAAUUGUUUUAACUUCAUAUCUUUAAGUUGAACAAACUUAAUCCAUUUGUGUGUUACCAAUUGAAAUGAUUCUUUUUUUUAAAGUUGGUCAGCUCAGCAAUUUUCCUUUUUCAGCACAAUGUUAUAACUUGUGUCAAAGUCCAAAGUGAGAGGUAACAAAGCCUGCUGUCAAGUGAAAAAAAAAGUGUAAGUUAAUGUUGGCUCUGUGCUGUGUCUCAUACGCUGUUUUCUUUCAGAUGAAGAGUCUCUUGAACUCGUCUGGCUUUGGACUCACAGGAAGUUCAGGGUGAAAAAAACACUUGGAAGGGUUGCUACUGCAACAUUUAAAAAAGAUAAAUACCCCCCCCCCCCCCCCAAAAAAAAAAAAAAAAAUUGCAGGUCAUUGUCUGUGCACACUGUCCUGGACAGUACUAUGACUUGAGAGAAAAGAAAAAGAAAAGAAAAGAAGCAGAGGCAGACAGGAAACAAAGAUUUGUCUUAGAAAACAUCACAGCUUCGUGGGAGGGAGAGGCAAAGUGUUUGGCUGGAGUGAGUCAGAGUCAGCCGUCAUUCCAUCGCGCUGACUCAGUUAGUGAAUGUAGCUUUUUUUUUUAUAGAGCACAUUUUUAGUACAACGAAACAUAUCAAGUAAUAAGUCAAAUUUUUUUUUUUUUACUAAUUGUACUGAAAGCAAACAUAUUUCUAUUUCUAUUGAGUAUGUACUAUGUUUAAAAAAAAGACACGGAAACCAGGUGAGGUUGCAGAUUUUUAUCUUUACACCACAAUCUCCAUUAAAGCCCGGGCUGAUGUGGUUAUGGAUAGAUUUGAGCAGUUGGCUGUGUGAGAGCCGCUGCCUCGUCCUUGUGUCAGUGCAGUAGCUCCAGUUCACGCUCACUGUAGCCAGUGGUGUAUGUGGUAGAGUUCUAAAUGUCCAUAGCUUGAUCCUCACACCAGCAUUUGUGUGUAUUUGACCCCCUGAUAAGUUUGAGUGCUAUAACACUUCACAUGCAUCAUGUUCACAUAUUUGAUCCUUUUUAACCUUUUUAUUUUAUUUCAUUUUUUUCCUUUCUAAAUAUUAAUUGAAGUUGAUAAUGCAUGACACUGUGGACAUUUUGUUUUCCCUAGUUAAAGUUAAAUUAUGUAUGAAAUUAUGCAUAAAGUGAUGAUGAUGAUGUAAUGAGUCACUCUUUAAUGUUGCAUGCUGGAGGCUGUGAAACCCCUUUAUUGAAUGAAUGUACAGUAACAAAUGCAUUUUAGUGAUCUGAAAAUGGAUGAAUGUAUCGUAAGGUUGAUCUCCAGCCAAUAAACGUACGCCUUGGUAAGUGACACUUCUUUUACAUAAGACGGGUUUCAGAUUCAUAGUUUUAUUUUUAGGUAAAAAAAAAAAAAUGCAAGUGUUUGAAAAAAUAGACAUGGAUUCCCACUAGAUGGUAAACAGCUUAUGUGUGACUGGUAAAUCUUUAAGAUUACAGUCAGAAUUUUUUUUUGCAUCCCUUUUUUCCUCUCACCUGAACUGAAGAUUGACUCAAUCUGGGAUAUAAUCAGUAGACAGUUCCUAGUCAGACUCAUUCAUCGACAGGUCAGCUGGUAUGCUCACGCAAACCAUAGUAGGGACUUAGCUGUUCUCUUAAGCCACAGCAGCGGUUAUGGACGCAACACAGACAACUACUAACUGCCGCUGUUGUGUGAUCUCAGGUUUCUUCCAGUGCACCAACAAGCUCUUUCUGAGCGAUCAGGCCACUGGGCUCCAGAUCAAGGAGUUUGCGCGCAAAAAUGCGGCGAACGCUCUGUCAGUCGCCAACAUGGUCAUGGGCAUGGCCUCCAUCCUCAGCAGUCUCGCAGGGCACCAUCAUGCUGCAUGUUGGCUGGUUCUGAUUGGCUACCUGCUGGACUUGGCAGAUGGAGCAGUUGCCAGGCGACUCGGCGCCUGCUCUGCACUGGGUGCCAAGCUCGAUGAUUUUGCCGACUUCACGACGUUCGGGAUUGCCACGUCGCUGCUCCUGAGGACACCGGACCUGCUGGACAACAUCCUGUGCGUGUGCUACGUCCUGUCUGUGUUCGUCCGCCUCUGUUUCUUCUCAAGCGGAAUCCCGUUCAUGUACCGCGGCCUGCCCUGUCUCUACUCCUCCGCCAUCCUGGCCAGUGCCUCACUGCUGUCGGGGGGGAACAUGGCCGUGCUGCGCGUCAUCGCAGUGGCCUUGAUCCUCUUCAUGAUCAGUCAGAACUUCUACCCCCACGAUAGGGUGCUGGAGUCCCAGGCCUGGAAGAAAGUAGUUUACGCUGGAGGAGUUGUCAUGGUGUUCUGCUCUUCCUUCCCCCCUGCUUGUGUGUACUAUCUGCUGUGGUCUAUCUCCUACAUUUUGUUCCCGACGUCCCUCUGGAGCAGUAAAGUGUAAAAAGGAGGGGUUUGUGCUGGCUUUGUCCAAAACUCCCAGUUGGCGUACCUCUGGCCCCAUCUGGGUGAACUUGGGCUUCCAGACUGCUGCUGCUCCUCGCUGCCGUUGGAGGAUUCCAGGCGAACAUGCUCAUGCGCCGCAGGCGAACACACACGCUCUCUCUUUAACCUUUAUUUUGAUGAGAUCCAACCUGGACUAAUGGGAGCUGUAUUGAGGGGAUGGGAAGGACAUUUUAAUUUUUUUACUGGCAAGGAUUUACCUUCAUUCCGUCUUUGCCCGUCUUUGUUGCAUUCUCACUGAAGCCAGGGGCUCGGGUAGUUUGUUCUAAACACUGAAUUUUCACCAGGUUUAUCUCCUGUGUAAAUCUCCCUAAUUCAGUAUUAAUCCAAUCUUCAUCAUCGUCGUUGUGAGCACGUGGUAGCAGGGCACAACAUCUUCAUACAGGAUAAUGAGAAAAAAACAAAAAAAAGAGAAAUAUUUGCAAUCCUUUCCGAUAUAUAUAUAUUUUUUGCCUCUUGUUUAAUUUCUGUAAUCACACGGGGCAUCAUAACCACUACUAGGAUGUCCACAGUGUUUGGCAUAGAGAUAACAAGUUAACUGUGGGAGUGCUUCAGUGUGUAAGGCCUUUAAUCCAUGAGUCUACAACGAGAGUUCUGGGCAGAAUAGUUGAGAUUCAAAAUUCCAUGCACCGUCUUGUGUAUCUAUAACAUGAGCGUUCGUACAGCACUAUAACAAGUUUUUGUCAACUGACAUCUGUUUAAUGGUUGUAUCGGGGUCGGGGGCCAAUGGACUUUCUUGGUAUUCAGGUCAGGAUGAAUUCAAAAUCCACGGUUUUUUUCCCAUUAAGUUGGGAUCUCGAACCCGGCCUGAGGAAACAUUUGGACAUAAUGAUUCUGUUAUUAUUUAAUUUGCUGUUGGAACGUGUGUCUUUAAAAUUGACGUGAAAGCGAGCUGACCCCCCCCAACCCCGUAUACUUUUGUCAAUACGGUACUUGUUUUUCUUUGAGUUAGUUUUCAUGCUUUUCACUAAGUUGUGACUCUGUCCAAGAAAUGACGUGUUAGAUUAUCUGCUGUAUUUCUGCUAUGUGUGAUUUUAUUUUGUCAAUGCAUGAGUUUGCCUCUGUUUUAAGAGGCGAUGCGGUAUAAAUAUUAAAUCCACACUGGAUCACCGUAA